ACUCUAUAUACGGUUGUGAAUGUCAAUAAUUCUCUAUAGUUUAUUUUGAAAGCCACGUGCUUCAUUGUGUCAUGUUGCCAGGUAACAGACUAAAAUCACUUCUCAACUUCCUGAGUAGGCUGACGAGUUUAUUCAUUCACUGUUUAAGGAAGAUAUGAGCUCACAGGACCAGGUUGUGCAGGAGGAGCAGCUGGCUCUGCAGGCGGCAGCAGCCAGGACCAUUCAGAGGGCCUGGUGCAGCUACGUGUACAGGGAGGUCUUCAAGUAUUUCAAGGAGCUGAUCAAUCAUUGCAACCAGCAGGAUCCACAGUCUGCCCUUAAAACUGUCAACCCUCGGGAGACAGAGCUGCUGGACGCUGCUGCCGGGGUCGUCAUCAGAUUUCGACUGGGAGGGACCUCCUUCCCCCCCAGUAUCUAUUACAAGAUCUUCACACAGCGGCCUAUAGCAGACGUGUGCGCCGGCAGCCCCAGGGACUACACCCAGCCGGGCCUGAGGAGGCCCGUGGCCCGGCAGACGAACAACGGCUGGCCGCUCGCGCAGGAGGCCGGAUCGGGGCGGUACCAGCGCGUAGAGAACAACAGCUGGAGGCUCUUCUGGGUCAAGGCGGCGCCUGCGGGCGAAGACGCGGAAAUAUGCAAGAACCAAAAAAUGGACUUCCACUAUUCCAAGAUGCAGCGGCAGCAGGACGUGUUCAGGUGGAAGAAGAGGCGGAGAAUUGAAUGGCUGAAGCAGAUGUACAGCCGAGGUCGUCCACAAGCUCAAUCCCUGCGUCGGCAUGUGGUCAGCCCAGUGGAAGACGCAGACCGGGAGGUGCAAGAGGAGGAGGAGGAGGAUGCCGACGUGCUACAGCUCCUGUCCUGGAGCAGCACCCUGGACUUCGACAGGUACAUAGAGGAGUGGAGACGUCUGGCCUGCAGCCACUCCUCCGAGCCGGGCAGUGGCACCCUGCUGUGAUGCAGAACAGACUGACGAGCUCCUCUACUGCUUUCUUCGUCCCCAGGACAGGACGUGGAAACUACGUGCUGUUAAAAAGGACACAGCCUGGAAAUUCUAAUUGCUUUAUAGCGUUGUUUGAAUUUCAGUAAAUACAAUGUUUGAUGUAA